AUGGUUGGCUAUUUGUUCUUUUUCAAUCCAUUGUUAACUUACACUAUACGUUUUAAAAAAAUUGAUGUAAAACCUAACUUCACUGUGGACUAUUAUACGAUCGAUCAAUAUAAAUAUGAACAAUAUUUAAAUGGAAAAUGUACAAUAAAUUCGAAAGAACUUAUAAACAAAAUAGUUGUAGUUUUCUAUCGUUGUGAUCCUGAAGGCAUUAACUGUGAAUACUUUCAAACUUGGAAACAAACAGAUAUCUGUCCUAAAUUAAAGGACAAGAACCAAAUAUGGUCCCGUUGGUAUAGUUCGUUUUAUCCACCGAUGCAAUGUCCGAUAGAUAAAGUACAUUAUGAAGUAAAGAAUGGAACCUUUGAUGUUGGUAUGGUACUAUUGCUGUAUCCUCUAGCAACUGAUUACCAAUGGAAAGUAGUUCAAAAUAUGUAUACUGAUGAUAUAUUUAUUGGUAGUUACACGAUGGAAAUAUCAUUUUUUGGUUACAGAAAAAAAUUAAAGUCUAUUUUAAAACUAUAA